AUGGACGCUAUCAAAGCAGUGUUUGACGCGAAGAAAGCAGAGGGAAGCCAUGCUCUAGUCACUUUUGUCACCGCAGGUUAUCCCAACAAGGACGACACCGUUCCCAUCCUAUUGGCGAUGCAGGCUGGAGGCACUGACAUCAUUGAAGUUGGUGUUCCAUUCUCAGAUCCUAUCGCAGACGGUCCUGCUAUUCAAGAAACUAACCUCGUCGCUCUUCAAAAUGGAGUUGACUAUGCAUUGAUCCUCAGGCAAAUCAAAGAGGCUCGAAACAAAGGCCUUACCGUCCCAGUGCUUCUAAUGGGUUAUUACAAUCCUAUUCUUGCAUAUGGCGAAGACAAAGCCGUACAGGACGCUCGCGAUGCUGGCGCAAACGGAUAUAUCAUGGUAGACCUCCCACCCGAAGAGGCAUCCGGAUUCCGCGAGAAAUGCACGAGAGCCGGCAUGUCCUAUGUCCCUCUCGUAGCACCGUCGACGUCCCUGCACCGACUUCCUUACUUGGCUUCCAUCGCAGAUUCCUUCAUUUAUGUCGUCUCGCGUAUGGGAACCACCGGCUCUUCCGUCAAAGGGUUCGUGAACAGCGAGCUUCCCGACAUCAUCGCUCGUAUCCGCAAGCACACUUCCGUACCCCUUGCCGUGGGUUUCGGAGUUGCUACACGUGCUCACUUUGAUGCCGUUGUCGAAGCUGGAGCGGAUGGCGUCGUCGUCGGGAGUCGCAUAGUCUCCCUCAUCAAAGAAGCACCGGCUGGUCAAGUUCCUCAGGUAGUCGAGAACUUCUGCAGAGGACUCAAGGGAUCAUCGCCCUCCAACUCCUCCACUGCCGGAGUUCAAAGUUCACAAUAUCAUUACCCGGUCGUUGCCGGGAUAUCUCGACCGACUGGAAUGACACUUCUCCCCUCGCGCUUCGGCGAGUUUGGCGGCCAGUAUGUACCGGAAGCACUUUUCGACUGUCUCAUCGAGUUAGAGGAGGCUCACAAUGCUACGCGGAAUGACCCAACGUUCUGGGCUGAGUUCGAAAGCCACUAUGGUUAUAUGAACCGCCCUUCCAAGCUAUACUUUGCAGAAAGUCUGACCAAGUAUGCUAAUGGCGCACAGAUAUGGCUGAAACGAGAGGAUCUCAACCAUACAGGGUCACAUAAAAUCAAUAAUGCGGUUGGCCAGAUCCUGUUGGCUAAGCGUCUCGGCAAAACUCGCAUCAUCGCAGAAACGGGUGCCGGACAACAUGGUGUGGCGACUGCGACCGUGUGUGCCCGUUUCGGGAUGGAGUGCGUCAUCUAUAUGGGUGCCGAGGAUGUACGGAGACAAGCUCUAAACGUCUUCCGUAUGAAGAUGCUUGGCGCCAAGGUCGUGCCCGUCGAGUCGGGUUCGAAGACACUGAAGGAUGCUGUUAACGAAGCAAUGAGAGAUUGGGUCACGAACCUUGCUACAACCCAUUUCCUCAUCGGAUCCUGUUUUGGCCCUCAUCCAUUCCCGACUAUUGUCCGCGACUAUCAAAAGGUGAUCGGACGUGAAAUCAAAGCACAGAUGAAGGAGGAAACAGGGAAACUUCCAGAUGUGGUUGUCGCAUGCGUUGGAGGUGGCAGCAAUGCCAUUGGGUCCUUUUACGAGUUCAUUCCAGAUACAUCUGUGCACCUCGUGGGCGUUGAGGCAGGAGGCGAAGGUAUCGACGGCGAUCGUCACAGUGCCACCCUGGCUAGAGGCAAGCCGGGUGUCUUGCAUGGAGUUCGAACAUAUGUCCUGCAAGAUCCCGCUGGUCAAAUCGUAGAGACGCACUCUAUCAGUGCUGGAUUGGAUUAUCCUGGUGUUGGACCGGAACACUCCUGGUUGAAGAAGGAGAAACGUGCUGAGUACGUCGUUGCGACCGACGAGGAAGCUUUGAGAGGAUUCCGUCUGUGCACUCAGCUCGAGGGUAUCAUUCCAGCAUUGGAAUCUUCGCAUGCUCUGUGGGAGGGCAUUCGCCGAGCGAAGACACUUCCCAAGGAAACCAACUUGGUUAUUUGCCUCUCUGGGAGAGGUGACAAAGAUGUCGAACAGAUCUCCCAGCUCUUGCCCGGAAAAUGGGCCGAUCGCCUUGACUGGCACAUUUGA